AAUAAAUGAUAUGUUCGUUUUACUUAUAAAACCAGAGUGUUUGGCUGCAAAACAAAAAUGUUUACUCUCAAAAAAUCUCCCUUCAUAGUCCACCAUGAGAUACUGGUUUAUUUUGAAGAUAAGUCUAAAUAUAUUGGGUCAAAAAACGUCAUAAAAAAGGUUAAUAAUAAUUGGUCAUUUUUUCAGAAUUUGUGGGGUUAUAAAAUAUCUCAGAAAAAUAAUUUCAAUACAUCCUUCCAGGACCGAUUUUGACAGCUCAUCGGGCGCGGGCCCUAAAAACAAAGGCUUUUAUUCUGAAGGAACGAACACCGCGUCCGGUUUCAUUUGUUGUUUUCCCGUUGGGUUUCCGGUGUGGACGCGGCCUCAGCCAUUCAUGGUUCCAAGAUGACCAAGCUGCAGCUACUGAACGCCUACCUGACGGAGCGGCUGGCGGUCGUGGUGAAGGAGAUCCUGGGCGUGGUGGAGGACACGGUGACGGAGUACCGGGAGGAGACGGCGAGGACCCGGCGGGAGAACGAGAGCCUCCGGAAGCAGCUGCGGGACCUCCUGCUGCUGGAGGCCGGGACGGAGUGGCUGCGGUCGACCCGGUCCAGCCUUCGUUUUGCAUCUCCCGAGCAGCGUGAUCCAGAACCGAGGCCCGACUCCCCCCCAAAUCCGCCCAGACCGCCCGUGGCCGAGCCGACCCGCGAGCAGGUGGUUUCUGUGCAGCUGCUGAUGGUCCAGAGCCAGACGGCUCCCGGGCCGACCCCCCUCCCAGGAGACAAGAUGGCAGCCGAGUUCCGUGAGCCCGCGCUGAAGCCGGAUCCCGGGAGUGAGGCGUAUGGCGACGCUCCGCCUCUUCCGUCUCACUCGUCCCUGAAUCCUCCCGCCUCCUCGGCUCCUAGAAUCCACGUGGAAGCCCCCGCCCUCCGGGAGGAUCCGCCGGGCCCGGCUCGGAUAAAAAGCGAACCCGAGGACCCCGAGCUGAGCGAACCCGAAGGUCUCGCGGACUCUGCGACUCGCGUCUCGAGGGAACAGUCGCCGGCGGCAACGCGCCCGGGUCACCGCGAGGCCCUCCGACACAAGAGGAGCCAGGGGGAGGCGGCCGCGGCAGCCGGCCGCGUCCCCGAGCUCGUCCACCGCUGCGCCCGCUGCGGUGAGGCCUUUGGCCACAGCGGCGGGCUCCGCCUCCACCUAGAGCAGAAGAGGAAGACCUACGCCUGCGAUUGGUGCUGCAAGAGCUUCGCACAGUCGGCGGACCUGCGGCGCCACCUGCGAACGCACACCGGCGAACGGCCGCACCGCUGCACCUUCUGCUCCAAGAGCUUCAGCCAGAGGGGGAACCUGCGGCGCCACCUGCGCAUCCACACGGGGGAGCGGCCCUACAGCUGCCCGUACUGCUUUCGCACCUUCAGCGACGGCGACACCAUGAAGAAGCACAAGCGCACGCAUUUGGGGGAUAAACCGUACCGCUGCGUCCGCUGCUCCAAGAGCUUCGGCAGCGGCAGCGGCCUGCAGAUACACCUGAAGAGGGACAUGUGCUUCGUGGCGAGCGCCUAGCCCGGGGGCGGGUUCUAUAUCGAUCCGUGUGAGAUUCACCGCUGGUUAUAAAGCGUAGCGUCCACCCUCAGGGUAACACUGUUAGCACUGCUAGCACUGUUAGCACUGCUAGCGAGGCAGCUGAUGCUCUGAAUCCGAUUCAGCACCUUUAACUUAAAGCGACAUUGUGUUCCACGCGGCGGCAGAGGAGGAAAGGACCCGUUGUCACGGUGCAGAUCGCUGGUGUCUCAGUGCUACACAACGAAAUCAUUAAAGAUGGAUGAGGGAGAAAAGGGUUAGAAUUAAUUUAUAGUUUAGAUAUGACUAGAUGGGGGAGAGACGGACUUUGGGCUUUCGUUUACAUCUCAAUUGUUCAACGUGGGUUUUGUAUCUUUGUUUCUUUCACAGACGUGUUUCUGACCUGAAUGUAGGUCAGGAUAAAAAAACUAACUAAACAAACUUCUCCUUCGAGUUUUUUAAACGUGAACUGUUCAGAGAAGUGUGUGUGUGUGUGUGUGUGUGUGUGUGUGUGUGUGUGUGUGUGUGUGUGUUCCUGUAGAAACAUGAGAGAGUAAAGUUAUGGUAUUAAUACACUGGAGGGAAGGAAACAGUAUUUUACGUGUUAUAAUCAAGUACUGCCCCUAAAUGUUAAAACGCUGUUACUUUUUCAAAUAUUACAAAUAUAUUUUUUAAUAAUCUAUAAUCCAAAUAGGUUACUAGAAUAAAGUAGAAAGUUUCAAUACUCAAGUACCUUAACGUUGUAUUGAUAUGCAGUACUUAUCACUUCAUUAGAGUCUUCUUCAUUGGUUCCGUUUAUUAAUCAAUACAGUCUAUGAUUUAUCGUCAUUGUUGAUGUAUUGGCUCAUUUUGUGUUGCAGAUUGAACUGAUGGUUACAGCUUUUAUUUCAAUGACCAAUAAAUAUUUUGUCCCUUGACAUAAUAGAUACAUACGUUUGUUAGCUAUUGAAGCUAUGUAACGUCAGCUAGCUAAGUUAGCUAGUUAGCUAAAUAGGGUUACACCUGGAAAAUACCUUAUUUAGCUAGCUAGCUAGCUAACACUUGGAAGAUAGAUGAGUUAGCUAGCCAGCUAAGACGCCAAGCUAACGGCAAUGUUGGUGAUACUGUUGUAGAAGAAGAAACCUUUGAGGACCUGCGAGCAGUUGACCUCUUUAGCAUCUAAAGGUCGACGAACACCCAAGCAAAUGGUUCCUACUGGGAGUCUCCUGCACACUUUCUUUAGUUUGGGAGGGUUAAUAUAUUCAAUUAUUCAUUUACUAACUUGCCACGUGGGGACGACAUCUCAGUCACCUUUUCCUUUUCCUUUCUCUAUUUCUUGCCUCCUUGUCUCCUCUCAGUGUCCUCUGGGUGUACCAUGUGAGACGUCCUCAUGCCAUUAUUCAUGUGUCUCUAGUGAGGCAUGCUGGGAAACGGACCGGACGUCGUUGAUCCGUGUGAUUAUGGGUAUUUUGUGUUGAUGUGGCACAUCCUGUUUGUUUUUAGACAAAAUAAAUGUUCAUGAACUUUUA